GAAGUGGGAGAAAAAAUAAUUUAAAAAAAAAGAAAAGUGCUAAUUUGAAUUUUCCAAGGUUUAGAAGAUCCUGCUUUGUUUUUGUGUGCUGAAAUUUGAUUUUCCAUAAAACCUACCAUUAUGCCAGUUUCAAUGAAAGAACCCAACCAUUCAGAAGAACCAGAAUCUUCUGAUGCCCAACAAGAGUCUUCUGAUACCCAACAAGUUCCAACUGAACCUCCUCAUAGAGAACUAACCAUAAACGAAAUAAUAGAUUUAGACCCAGAAUCAACCGAAAUCGAUUUGAACCACGGCCGAAUUGGCAAAAUCGAAAACCUAGAACCCCUGCACCAAAUCGAGAGACUUUUUCUUAGAUGGAACUUGAUCACCAAAAUUGAAAAUCUCAGCACUUUAACUACACUCAAAGAACUUGAGCUUUAUGAUAACCAAAUUACUAAAAUUGAGGGAUUAGAGGCUCUGGUGAACUUAGAGAUUUUAGAUUUAUCAUUCAACAGAAUACGUGAAAUUGAAGGCCUUGAGAACUUGUUGAAUUUGGAAAAACUAUUUUUGUCUUCUAAUAAAAUAAGCAAAAUACAAAACUUGGGCCAUUUAAGUAAACUAUCGCUUCUUGAGCUUGGAGAUAACAAACUAAGGGAAAUUGAAAAUCUAGAAACCCUUACUUCGUUAAAGUUUUUAUUUUUGGGCAAAAACAAAAUAACUGAAAUCAAAAAUUUGGAUAAUUUAACUAAUCUAGAUUGCUUAAGCCUGCAAAGUAACAGGCUAACUAAAAUAGAAAACCUCGACAACCUAGAAAACCUAACAGAAUUGUACCUUUCUGAGAAUGCUAUCAGUAAAAUUGAAAACCUAAACAACUUAAAAAAACUACAGACACUUGAUUUGGCCCAAAACCAAAUAAGUCUUAUAGAAAACACUGAAGGCUUGCAGAGUUUAGAAGAAUUUUGGCUAAACGACAACGCAAUAACAGACUGGAACUCUGUUAACAAUCUUGCAGUUCACAGCAAACUGGCGACUGUGUAUUUAGAACGCAACCCUGUAGCAGCUGAUCCAAUGUAUCGUAGAAAACUAACUUUAAUUGCUCCUUCUUUGAAACAAAUAGAUGCUACUUUAUGCCGUCAGGAAUAAGUAAGUAUUUAAUAAUUUUUGUUUUUGUAUUACUAAUUACUCUUUGAUGUUCAUUAAUAAAAAUCUUGUGAAACCUAAAAAUAUUUAUUUAGCUUUACAAAGCACUAUCAAUGACUUCGCCGGGACUUUCAAAAGCAGCCUUCCUUUCGUUGAUUGCGUUUACCAGCUUUCUAUAAGGGCCUAGUGGCAAGUUGAGACUUUUGAGGUCGGCUUCGGUUAGGAUAAGUAAAGUUUCCAAGUCGAUUUUUUGUUCGUUGAAUCGGGAAAGGUAGUCGCCAAGGCCGAAAGCUGUCAGAAAUCUUUGGAUUGGGGCGUUGGGGUCUUCAUCUUCAGAAUCUUCACCACCUAAAACAUAAUUGUACUUUGCAUGGAUUUUUUCCAAAGUUUC